AUGCUAGUCACUAGCUCAUGGAAUGAUUCUCUCCAUUUUUGGUGGGAAGAUAUUUUAUGUGGUCGUCGCCAUCGAAGAGUCAUAGGAUUGAGUUUAGAGUCGCCCAAUUUGGCAAGUUCUAUAUCUUCUUCUAUUGGAAAUCUUAGUUUCCUUGGAAUCGUUAAUCUCUCAAACAACAGCUUUCAGGGUGAAAUUCCUCAUGAAAUGGGAAGGCUUUUCAGGCUGCAAGUUCUGAACUUGACCAGUAACCUGUUGGAAGGACAAAUUCUAGCGAACCUCUCAAACUGCAAUAGUUUGAGGAUCCUUAGUAUAAGCAACAACAGGUUGAUAGGAAAUCUUCCUAAAGAGCUUGGUUCCUUAUCUCAAUUGGUGUUACUUUAUAUGACCUCCAACAAUUUUACAGGAGAAAUCCCACAUUCUUCUGGGAACCUUUCCUCUUUUGUAGAUUUCUGGGCAGAUGAUAAUAAGUUAGAGGGGAAAUACCUUGACUUAUCGAUCAACAAAUUUUCUCCUGGAUUGGCUGUUAAUUUUGGAAACCUUCAGAAUCUCUCAUUGUUAAGUUUAUUCACGAAUGGUUUGAGAAGUGGGGGUGCCAAUGACCCUAAUUUCAUCUCCACUUUAGCUAACUGUAGCAAAUUGAGAGCGUUGCAAUUACAAGAAAAUAAUUUUGAAGGUGUUUUGCCAAAUUCCUUGGCCAAUUUCUCAACCAAACUUCAGUAUUUAUCAAUGUCAUUCAACCAGAUCUCUGGAAACAUUCCAGCAGAUAUUGGAAAUCUUGCAAGCGUAAAUGCUCUAGAUAUGAGCUACAAUCAAUUCAUAGGAACUAUUCCUACCUCUAUUGGUAAACUUUAUAAGCUUCAAGAAUUGGGCUUUGGUAAAAACAAAUUGUCUGGGGAAAUCCCUUCCUCCAUUGGAAAUUCAAUUUUGUUGAACCAGCUUUGGUUAGAAGAAAAUGAUUUUCAGGGAAACAUACCAUCAAAUCUUGGAAAUUGCCGAGGUUUGAUACUACUGCAUCUUUAUGGUAACAAUUUGUCUGGUAGCAUACCUUGA